UUGUGUUACCAUCGCGCGCAUAUUCCGUCGCUCGCUUCUUGGCAUCGGUUGGGAUUUAUUUGUUUCUCUGUUUAUCGCUGUCUUUUCGUGUGAUGAUGCUGUGAUGAUAGUCGCGAGAUACUUAUGCUUCCGUCGUCGUGAUCGACUUCGCGCGUGUUAUGUGGUAUGGUAAUCUGUACCAUUUUGAUUGCGUGUGAUUACACUGCUGCAUGGGCAGGCUAUAUACAGGAAUUGAUACUUUGGUUUCCGGUUGAUGGGUGAUGUGUUCCGCAGAGUUGGUCAACUUACGCGAGUUAGUUCAUGGAUGGAAAGUUUUCUGAGUGAAGAAGGAAGAAUAAAUUGGAAAAAGAUUGAAUGUUAUAGUAAAAAGGAUAAAGGCGUGUGACAAAACUGUUCGUCUGUUUCCAAAAAUCGAAACAAGAUGUGAACGAGUCGCUCUAAUGCACAGAAACGUGGUUUGAUGUGAUCAUAGUGAUUUAUCAGAUAAUUGGCAACCUUUAUGACAUUCGUAUAGCCGCUAAAAGAAAAAAAAAAAAGUGAGUGAAAAGUGAUGCGAAUGUGUUAAUUUGUGUGUUGUGGCAUCGGAUGUCAUCGAACACCACCCGUUUCGAUGUUGUGUUGGAUUGGUGAAAUCGAACGGACGUAACAUAAAAAUACCAGAUAUUGUGUUUCCUGUCCGGAGUUUAUUCCCCCGGAGUGCGUUCAGUAGCAGUGAAUUUUGAUUGAGUCGCGAGUCUGUUGGAUAUUGCUUUCGGUUCAUUGGCGGGAAAUUGAAAGAACUCAACCAGCGGCAGUCACAAUGUGCAGCAAAAACAACUUUGAGAUCUUGAUGCAGAAAAUCAAUACGGGUAUCCCAACGUGCCCGAUCGAUUUGUCCUCGCUGCGCACUCGGCUACCGGACGUGGGCAGCUGGAGUCUGCCCCACAUAUGCAAGGAAGCCGUCACGAGCAGCGGCGGCAGCCCUGAGGCAGGCACCACGGGGAACUACAGCAGCAACCUGACGACGGCGGCGGCCGAUUCCUUCUACCAGCCCCAAUCGCUGGGGGCACUGUCCACCGUGACGGCGUCCACAACCGUCACCAGUUGUGCAUCGGCUGGGGCGGCCACGACGACGACGACGACAGCCACAACCCAGCAGCCACUGCCCCAGCAGCACUUCCUUCUGGCCGCCCACCAGCAGCAGCAGCAGCACCAGACCAGUCUGCACAAGUUCUACAAGGCGCACAAGAAGAUGCCGGCGUUCCGCGGGCGGCGUGGCUGGUGCGGCUGUUUACAGGAUGACGAGCCGCCCGAAAUCUGCGUGGUCGAGGGGGUAUUCUCCCUGCAGACACUCACCCCCACCCAGCCUAUGCCGGCCGUAGACGAGCUCGACAGCAAGUUUGCCGAGCUCGUCGAGGAACUUGAUCUCACCGCACCAAACAAAGCAGCGAUGCUGAGUCUGCCGCCCCAGAAGAAAUGGCAAAUCUACUGCUCCCGCAAGAGUCCCCUGGAUGCCACCGGACCGAAUGGGGUGCCCCUCCCGGGUGCCAAUCAGCCACCCUCACCCGAGCAUUACAUCGAGCGGCUCAAGGAUAUGGCCGUGCAGCUGAAGGCCUCCUCACCGGACGAAUCACCCUCGCACGAGUACAAUCCCAAAAUAGAGUCCCACACCGCGUUGUUCGAUGCCCUGAAAACGGCCCUGCGUACGUCGGCCCAUAGUUUUGUCAUACGGUUCAUCGAGUUGCAGGGACUGCCAGCGCUGCUCGAACUACUCCAGGCACUGGACAUCCGAGUGGCCAACAGUCCACUGCACACUAGUCUCAUCGGGUGCAUCAAAGCGUUGAUGAACAACUCGACCGGUCGCUCGCAUGUACUGGCCCAUCCCACCGGUAUCGACACGAUUGCCCGGUCGUUUGCAGCGGACAACAUCAAGACCAAAAUUGCCGCACUUGAAAUUCUUGGCGCCGUCUGUCUCGUCCCGGGUGGCCACAAGAAGGUUCUUACGGCAAUGCUCAACUAUCAGGAGUAUGCCGCCGAACGAACACGCUUUCAGGGUAUUGUGAACGAUCUGGACAAAUCCACCGGAGCCUAUCGAGACGAUGUUAACCUCAAAACAGCAAUAAUGUCUUUCAUCAACGCUGUGCUAAACUAUGGACCCGGGCAGGAGAAUCUCGAGUUUAGACUGCAUCUGAGGUACGAAUUCCUGAUGCUUGGAAUCCAGCCCGUGAUUGACAAGUUGAGAAAGCACGAGAAUGAAACGCUAAAUCGACAUUUGGAUUUUUUCGAGAUGGUUAGAAACGAAGACGAGAAGGAGCUGGCGCGGAAAUUUAGUCACGAGCAUGUGGACACAAAGAGUGCUACCGCUAUUUUCGAUUUGCUAAGACGGAAGUUGAGCCACUCUACAGCCUACCCACACUUGUUGAGUCUGCUGCAGCACAUGCUGCUUCUGCCACACAACGGUACCAAUGCUCAGCACUGGUUGAUGUUUGACAGAAUUGUUCAACAACUGGUUCUUCAGCAGGAGGAACGACCAUCGAGUGAAAUCGAUCCAGAUCAAGACAAGCUUUUGGAAGCGAAGUCAAAAAUUCAAGACCCAGACAUUGCACCCCUACAGAUCGAUGUCAAGAAAAUUGUGAAGCUCUUGGUGAAAGAGGAAGAAUUGCUCGCCGCCCGGAAUCGGGCGGACGAUUUGGAGAAAGAGAACUGCGAAAUUACCGGCAAAUUGGCUAAGAAAGAGCAAGAACUGGAUCUUCGCACGCAAGAGAAGGAAGAUCUUGAAACAUCCCUUGCACGUAUGCGAGAGAGGUUGGAGAAGGAAAGCGCCAAUCAUUCGCAAGCGGUCCAGCGUGCUCUGAACGCCGAAAUGCGUGCCGAGGACCUCCAACACCGGGUUCUGAAUGAGCAGCAGGAACGAAUGCGUCUCGAACGACUAGUCACCGAGGGAAGCAUCCCGGACGACCAGAAAGUGGCCGGCCUCCAGGGUUGCAAUGGGCAAGUCUCUCCCCCACCACCUCCGCCACCGUGCAAGCUACCACCACCGCCACCGCCAAUGAUGGCCGCCCCACCGCCACCACCAGCGCCCGGAGGUCUGCCAAAGAUUACCAGUCUGAACGUUCAGAACCAACCAGUGCCACCGAAGAUGGAAGCUCCCAAGAAGAACGUCCCCCAGCCGGCAAACCCGCUGAAGAGCUUCAACUGGUCGAAGCUACCCGACAGCAAGCUGCAGGGAACCGUCUGGAGUGAACUUGACGACACCAAGUGGUAUAACAGCAUCGAGCUCGAAUCGAUUGACAAGCUGUUUUCAGCCUAUCAGAAGAAUGGAGUCGCGUAUAAUUUCCCAUUCCAGAACGAUGGUUCGAUCGAGGAUCUCCGGCUGAUUGGCAAACAGAAGACAAAAAUCCUGUCGGUGAUAGACGGUCGAAGAGCACAAAACUGUACGAUUCUGCUUAGCAAGCUGAAGAUGAGCGACGAAGAGAUCUCCAAGGCCAUACUAUCGAUGGAUUCCAGUGAGCAGCUGCCAAUUGACAUGGUGGAACAGCUGCUGAAGUUUACUCCUUCCGCAGAGGAACGGGCCUUACUAGACGAACAUUCCGAGGAUAUUGACUCGCUCGCUCGAGCCGAUCGGUUCUUGUACGAAAUUUCGAAAAUACCUCACUAUGAGCAACGUCUACGCAGUCUGCACUACAAAAAGCGCUUCCAGGUGACGGUGAACGAUCUCUCGCCACGCAUAGCCAACGUGAUGGAGGCCUCCCGGGAGGUGGCUCGCUCUAGACGACUGCGCAAGCUUCUGGAGCUGGUGCUCGCACUUGGCAACUACAUGAAUCGGGGUGCGCGUGGCAACGCGUCCGGUUUCCGACUGGCAUCCCUCAACCGCCUGGCGGACACCAAGAGCAGUGCGUUCAAGGGAACCACACUGCUGCACUAUCUGGUGCAGAUCAUCGAGAAGAAGUUUAAGGACAUUCUCCUGCUGGAGGAAGAUUUGCCCCACGUGAAGGAAGCGUCGAAAGUUUCCCUGGGCGAGAUGGACAAGGACAUCACGAUGCUGCGAGCUGGACUUGCCGAGGUUAAUCGUGAGAUCGAGUUCCAUCGAAGCAGUGGAGUACCCCAGCCGGGAGACCGGUUUCUGCCGGUGAUGCGGGAGUUCCACGCGCAGGCCUCGGUUCGGUUUGCCGAGCUGGAGGAUCAGUUCCAGGAUAUGAAGACCAGGUUUGAUCGGGCGGUGCGUUUGUUCGGAGAAGAUGGAUCUGUGGUGCAACCGGAUGAGUUCUUCGGAAUCUUCGAUGGAUUUUUAUCGGCGUUGAUGGAAGCCAAACAGGAUAACGAAAACUUCCGACGGAGGCAGGAAGAGGAAGAGAAACGUGCAAAGCAGGAAGCGGAACUCAAGAAGCGCACCAUCGAGCGCAAAUCCAAGGAGGGCCUACUGAACUCGGUGGCGAAGAAUCUCGGCCUGAAGUCAUCGAAAAGCUCCAACUGCUCGAACGGUGGAAGCCCGGUGGCGGGCGAUUCUAGCAACAAGGGAGAAUUCGAUGACCUCAUCUCCGCCCUCCGCACGGGGGAUGUUUUCGGCGAAGAUAUGGCCAAAUUCAAGCGCUCGCGCAAAACCCGCCUGGGACCGGCCAACGGAAGCAACACCUCACCGCCACGAAGUCGGAACAGCGUUGGGCGUGAGGACAGUCGCGAAAGGACCGUGGCCACGACUAGACGACAGUAAAACUGUCGCUGAUGUGCGUGUUUCGAUUAUAUAUAUUUUUUUCCUUUUUUGUUUUUGUAAAAGAUUUGGAUAUUUUAUUUUUUUGUUUGUGAACUUGUAAAAGAGUAUGAGACCAAAAAUUGUGAGUGAAGCUCAAACCUGCAGAACGGACUAUUACUAGUAACUAUAUGGUAAAGCAAUGGCGGUAGAUAAAAUUUAAAAAAUAAUUCUGGUUAUUCCAUAGAGACUGUGCUAACCCAUUGGAGCAAGAGAAAUAACAAUAAUCGUAAACAAUUUUGAGAAACAUUUUACAACCAACCACCAAUUAAGCCACUAACCGAAAUAUACACACAACAAAUCAAAAAUAGCCAACCAGUAAGCGAAUCUAAUCGGUGUAGUUUAGAUAUUCAUCGUUCGUCAUAGUAAAAUCAACCAUUGAACCAUUGAGCAUCGCAGCAUCGUCUUCAUCCUUCCAGCAGACCCAGGCAACAAACACUUUAGUUACCAUUUUAAAACCCUUUGUCAGAGUGAUCCAUGGUAGUUAGUUGCGAAUAAGCACGCUUGUAAAAAUGUUUUAACCCUUUGAUAUAGAUAUACGUUUAGCUGUUUGAAUCAGGCGGAAGUAUUUCGCGUAUUUAUUCUUAUCUGUCUUUCCUUUGAAACUAAAUUACACGUAUCAUACGUAAGUAUUCACAUUUUAGUGACAUGUAUGCAUAUCUUCCCUUUUUAUCAGUCACCAUUAUUCGCUUAGCUGCUUCUUUGUUUAUAAUAAAAACACACUUAGGGAUUUUUGUAUAUAACCUAGAACUUGGUAAUCGAUACUCGAUGAAAAUAUAUAUAUAUAUAUAUAUAAACACGACAAAAAAUCACGCGCUGUCGCUCGCUUUCCGACAGUAGUAGAAUAAAAAUAACAGAUAUUUUCCUGUUUUUAAACGUAGCUUAGAAAAAAAAUGUUUUAAAGCAACUCCCACUGCAUAUAAAAAGAAACACGAUCAACACGAUCUGCGCUCAUUCGCAUCCCCCUUUCGGCACCUCACAUUAUACCUACUCAUGUUAGUAAUCAUAGCCCCAAAAAAAAAACAGAUGAUUGGAUCUAGAUGUUGCUUAUUUAGAUUGAGUGCAAAAUGCAUAUGAAAACGGAUAGCAACGCAUAAUGUGACGAAACGGAGUGAUACUUUGGUGGAGCAGAAAUUUAGAAAUAGAAUGAAAAAUUUAAAGUGUAACAGCGCUACGAGGAACUGAUUUUAGAAGAGAUGGUAGAAAUUCGAUUUGGACGACGCGUUUUGCGAAAGACAGGAAAUGCCAACCAUCGAUCGUACCCCUUAUUACGACGUAUAAAUAUUUCUUAUUAUAUAAAGGAAGAAAAACUCCAAUAAAAUUGUCUAUAA